AUGCUCACUCUGGGGUCUUGGGCCAAGUCAGACCAGAGCUACCCCAGGCCAGACCAGAACUACCCCAGGCCAGACCAGAACUACCCCAGGCCAGACCAGAACUACCCCAGGCCAGACCAGAACUACCCCAGGCCAGACCAGAGCUACCCCACGCCAGACCAGAGCUACCCCACAUCAGACCAGAGCUACCCCAGGCCAGACCAGAGCUACCCCACAUCAGACCAGAGCUACCCCAGGCCAGACCAGAGCUACCCCACGCCAGACCAGAGCUACCCCACAUCAGACCAGAGCUACCCCAGGCCAGACCAGAACUACCCCAGGCCAGAGCAGAGCUACCCCAGGCCAGACCAGAACUACCCCAGGCCAGACCAGAGCUACCCCAGGCCAGACAGGAACUACCCCAGGCCAGAGCAGAGCUACCCCAGGCCAGAGCAGAGCUACCCCAGGCCAGACCAGAACUACCCCAGGCCAGACCAGAACUACUCCAGGCCAGACCAGAACUACCCCAGGCCAGACCAGAUCUACCCCAGGCCAGUCCAGAGCUACCCCAAGCCAGUCCAGAGCUACCCCAGACCCGUCCAGAGCUACCCCAGGCCAGACUAG